AUGUCAGACUCAACCCUUUACCUCUACACUUCCCUGACCGCGGGGUCAUCACACAUCAUCACCGCGACCUCCCGAAUUGAGACUAUCCUCAAAGCGAACAAACUCCCCUUCCGCGCCAUUGAUGUCGCCACCGACGAAGCUGCUCGGAAGCUUUGGGGCCGACGCUCCAAGGGCAAGAAGCUUCCAGGGUUAGUGAAGUACGGCGAUAUUGUGGGAGAUCUAGAAGAGGUCGAAGAAUGGAACGAGUUCGGCGAAUUGCGUAUGGUAAUAAACAGCGUGCAAGACCUAGGGGGCAUGCCCGCCACCAGCUAUCCUGCCCCAGCAGCGACCGAGACCAAAGCCCAGCCGACAACCGCCACCCCUAAACCCUCCACGAUCAAGAUCCAAACCCCUCCCGUUACCAAGCCCGAAGACAAGAAGGAUGAUACGGCGGUGCUAGCCCUGCGCCAGGCUAGCUCGGAGGCUGCCUCGAAGGCCAAGGCCAAGACAGACGAUAAGAAAGAGACGAAAGAACAGACCACAGAAGUGCCUGCCGCCAGCCGUGCGCACCGUGGCUCAGUGGCCCCCGAAUUGCCUGACACCGCUCCGGACUCACCAAAGUCCACAAAACGCCCGACCCUAGUUCCCGAACAAGCGGCCGUAUCAUCGGCAAACUUCCACGUGGAUAAUGCAGAGGUGCUCGGAUUGGUUGGACACCACCGCGGAUCUAGGGUGUCGACGCUGGAUAAUGCGGAUCAAGAGAAGGUGGUGCAUGAGAUCAGAAAGUCUGUCUCUGCAGAGCCUACGGGAAAUAUCGAAGCUCUGCGCAAAGAGGCUGCGGAGAAAGCGAAGUCCGAGCCGAUUGAGGAGGCGCCGAGUCCGAUCGUUGACGAUGUGGCCGUGGAGACUAAGGAAACACUUAUGGAACCCAAUGAGCCCAAGGGUAAUGCUAUCGCUGAAAUGCUUGCGACGCCUAUGGUGCCUCUAGCGAUCAGGCUUGAGCCUAAGAAGGAGGUGGCUACUGUUACCAAGGAGACAGAAGGUGCGAAGGAUGAUACCAAGGCAGGGCUGGUUCCCACACAGAAGUCGGCGGAGUAG